AUGUGCCAGUGGGUCACAGCUAUAAUGCUGAACGAGAGGGGCGGAUAUGAGAACCACUGCAGCGUGGUCAGAGUCAAGAAGAACAGCUUCUUCAUCAUCUCUCCUACAGAUCAGCAGGUCCACUGCUGGUCGUGGUUGAAGAAGCACAUGCCUGACGGCCCACAGCUCCACCUAGAGGACGUCAGCUGGAAGUACACUGCGCUGAAUCUUAUUGGUCCGCGGGCGAUGGACGUCCUAGGGGAACUAUCGUAUGUCUCCAUGACUCCCGAACACUUCCCGUCCCUCUUCUGUAAGGAAAUGAGUGUGGGCUACGCCAAUGGGAUCCGAGUAAUGAGUAUGACCCAUACAGGAGAGCCGGGCUUCAUGCUUUACAUACCUAUAGAGUAUGCGCUCCAUGUCUACAACGAGGUGAUGUCAGUGGGCCAGAAGUAUGGGAUCCGUAACGCUGGGUACUACGCCCUGCGUUCUCUCCGAAUAGAGAAGUUCUUUGCCUUCUGGGGUCAGGACCUGGAUCCUUUCACCACUCCCCUGGAGUGUGGACGGGAGUUCAGGGUCAAGUUUGACACGGACAUAGACUUCCUGGAGUCAGGUUAG